AGAGGUGCUAACCAGCUGCAAAAAAAAAACCAAUUUAAAAAUGUAGAAGUCGCUGGGCUGCAUUCCUCCGAGGACGAGCCUGAUCGCCCAGAACUGAGAGUGGUAGCGCGUGGGAAGUUGGGACCAUAGAGCAAAGGGGGAGGGGGAGUGGUGCAGUCGGCAUUCUCACUGGAGCAGUGCAGGUGGACACAAGUUUGCGUGGGAGUGUUUUCCUUUUGUGAAUAAUUAAUCGCCGUAAUCAGUCUGGCAGAAUUGGAGUUUUGGCAAUAGUGCGCACGGCGGGCCGAACACCCAACUCUGAGAAGCUCGGAGGCGCCCAGCGCAGGGGGAGCUCGCAGCGUCUGGAGAGGCGCCAAAGCAGUGGCGCUCACCUAAGCCGCAGAGCGAUCCACCCAACCAGGAGAUGAAGAAACAGCAGCUCAGAGAGGAGAAGUAACUCAGGAUCAUUCUGUGGAAGAGCAAGGACAAGAAUCCAAACCUGGACCCUCCUAGGCAGAAACCACCUGACCUGGAAUGUCAAUCAACCAAGGAGGGAAAUGUCUCUUGAUCUGGGGGUUGGCAGAAAAAACCCUUCAUCAUUGCCGACCCUUAAAGACGGACUUUCUGCAGCUUGAAGGAGCCAACAAUGGAUUUCAAGCGUGUGAAAGACUAUUUCUCCUGGCUCUACUAUCAAUACCAAAUCAUUAGCUGCUGUGCUGUCUUGGAGCCCUGGGAGCAAUCCAUGUUCAAUACCAUCUUACUAACCAUUUUUGCAAUGGUGGUGUAUACCGCCUAUGUUUUUAUUCCAAUCCACAUCCGCUUGGCUUGGGAAUUUUUCUCCAAAAUGUGUGGUUAUCAUAGUUCACUUUCUAAUUGAUCUUGUUUGCAUUCGAUGAAUUGGCAUUGCAUAUGUUUAUGUUGUUUACCACUUAUUGUUUUAGGUGAAUACUGUGUCUUUCUUCACUAUCUGACCUAAAAAGCUCCCAUUUCUCCAAGCACUCUCAUGUCCUGCCUGAAAUAUGAGCUGUCUCUUUCAGUUCUUUUGUCCAUGUUACAUUGUGCAUUGGACCAUAGACUCUACAAUGGCCUUACCUCACAUACCAUAUGUUCUCAACUUAGACCUAUGACUUUAGAUUUUUUUGUUGUUGUUGUUGAAUCAAGAAAUUUCACAUAAGAUGUUUCUGGGAGGUAGGCUUAUAAGAGCCCUACCAGAAUCAUGUUUGAAGUGCUCCCUUGAUACCUGUUCUAUACUAAAGGAUAUAUUUUUAAAAAUGUGUUCAUAGGCUACUGUCAAACGUAUCAUAUCUUUGUUUACAAUAUAAAGAUGUGAAGAAAUUAUACAGGCCCCCUAAAUUAUUGUUUUUUACUAAACUACUAAUACCUAAAGUUCUUUUAUUUCAAAUGCAAAACAAUAGACUGGAGGCAAUUACCUCCUUUUAGACAUUGUUCAUGAAUUGUUUCAAAUGCUUCUAAAUGUCUGGCUUUAUAACAAUUUAAAAUCAACAGUGUUGAUUUUAGAUAACCCAGUAAGUAUUAUACUACAAAAUAAUCUUAAGUAUAAGAAACAAUAUAAUCAAAGUAAAUUCAGAUGUGGUGACU